UAUCAACUACAUCCUAUGCCCGACGUGCUGGAGAAGCCAACCAGUGGGCGGAGGGCAUCACGAAACUUAACGAGUAAGUCGUCUUUAUGUUUUUUUGCCCUUAAUAUUCCUAUUAUGUGACACACAGCGCGCUGCACGAGAUUACGUACCAGAUGAGAGAAGAAAUGGUGGGACCGUUGGCUAUCAUGAAUCCACCAUCGGACUCAAGACGGAUCGAUAGUCUCAAGAAAUAUCUCACGAUCUUUCAGACGAUCCAGUUCUCAAUCAGCUUCUCUAUCCCCGCGAUGUUCAUCACGAUCCGAGAAAGGUUUGUCUGGAGGGCACCAGGACUACACUCAUUGAACGCAUUAUGGCCUGGUGUCGUAGCACGGAGGAUAGCGAAACGCGUUUGAUGCUCCUGAUCGCCGUAGCUGGUUCUGGCAAAACGGCGAUUGCCCACUCAAUUUCGGAACGAUGUGCGAGAGAAGGGAUACUGUUGUCAAGUUUCUUCUUCAAAGCGGGAAAGCGGUGGCGGCCUGACUUUCUGUUCAGCGCAAUAGCUAGAUCAUUAGCUGCCUAUGAUCCCGUUUACCGCGCCUUCAUUAAAUCCACUCUUCGGAAAGACCCUUCCCUCUCAAGCGCUCCGUUAUUGUUAUCGACCCCUUGGACGAAUGCGAGUAGAACGCGUUAAGCUCCUUGCUGAUGUACUUCGGAAAGAGGUGUCUACAUUGCCGUCCUGUCAAAAUCUCUCACUUCGAGGGAGGGUAGCCUUGUGAAUCGUUUCCUCUCGCUUGCCCUUCCUAUCCAACGUCUCAUCAUUGAUCUUUCGAGUGAGGAAAACAUGCAAGAUUGUGC